GUUGUGUGAGUGUCCAGGUUAUCAAGGGUAGUCGGUGGUGGAACGAAACUUGAUCAAAUAAAUCUCGGCCGACUACAGCAUUGAUCGAAAACCCCAAGUCAGAGUCAGGCUUUUCAGUCAGUCUCAGCAACCCGCGAGAAGUAAACUUUUACUCCAGAAGGAGGCGCUUGUCCCAUAAACACAACACUAUGUCAACCACCACGGAAACUUCACAGAACUACAGUAGUGUACAGGUGGUGACUGGACUAUGAACAAAUAACGCACCGAAACGCCCGCCUCCAUAAUGACAGAAAACGGAGGAUAUCCGGUUCCCCCAACCACAGAGAAUGGUGAGGGGGCUGCCGACCAGGAUUACAAGGCACUUUACUUCCAGGAGGUGGAGAAGAGGAAGACCCUUAUGAAGCUCGCACAGAAAGCCACCCGGGACUACGACGAGUUGAAGCAGCGCUACAUGGAGACCACCCAUGCCGCUGAAGCUAUCCAGGUUCGCCUCGAGGAGAGCGAACACGACCUACACAACCUCCGGAGCGACUCUGACUCACCAGUCGUCUCUACAGUGUCUGAGGCUGUCUACCACGAGUACGACGAUCUGCGACAGCGCUACCAGGUGGAAACAGAGUCCAUGGCCCAGGCUUUUAACCGUGCCACAGAGUGGUACCAUGAAAACAAAAUUUUGCGUCGUGAGGCCAAUACGCUCAAGAGACAGAGUGCUGUUUUGAUGCAGCGGGUGGCAGAUACCUCGCCAGAUUUUGAUAUCUCAGUCUUAGCAAACAUGGGUGAGACGGUGGACAAGCAGGGACUCCAGGAGAUACAGCAACAACAUGAUCAAGAAGUAUCCACACUGAUGAAAAAAAUUAAAGGAUUAGAAAUGGAUGUGGCAAAUCUCACAGCAGAGAUGAGCAAAUCAAAACAAGAUGAGUUUGAUGCCCAGGAAGAGUUAUUAGAAGCUCGGAGACAGCUGGAUGAGGCCACUCAACAAAUAGAUCAUCUUCAGAGUAGGAUAGCAGAACUGGAAGCAGUUGAGCGGCGAAUGGGACGUGUGUCAGUUUUAGUUCUAGAUGAAGUUGAAGCUCUCCAAGCUCAGCUACGCUCAGAAGCUGCUAGAGCCAACACAGCGGCUUCAGAGGCAGCCAAGGCCCGUGGCGAAAAAGCAGCUAUGGCUCGUCAGAGUGCUGUUGCCUUAGCAGAUGUGAUGGGAGAUGAAAGACUACGAAUGGCUUUGGAGGAAGUGCACACCAUUACUCAGAAACUUCACACACAAGAGGAAGAACAUAAACAAAUCAUGUCCAAGUUAAAGACUGAACUACUUUCCUAUGAAUCUGGUGAUAAAGCUGCUGAGGUUGAACUGCUAAGAGAACGUGUUUUAUUGCUGGAGGAGGAAGUUAAAGUGCAAGAAGAUAAGACUAAAGAGACAAACUCAGAAUUGGAAAGACUUAGAAAAGAAGCUGAGAAACAGCAAAGUGAAAUUAGAUUACUCCAGCAGCAACAUUCCACCAGCAAAAGAAUCAACAAUAGUUAUCCUGACAAAUCAUCUGUGGUGUCAGAACCUCUGUCACUCAGCAGGUCCAGCACUACACUAGAGUCUCAGUCAAGGAUUCCACCUCCUCCAGCACCUCCUCCUCCACCCCCUCAUUUUGUUCCUCUACCCCCUCCUCCUCCACCACCACCCCCUCCUCCUCCUCCUCCUCCUCAUGCAGGUCCUCCUCCUCCUCCACCACCACCUCCUCCACCUCCACCUGCCAACCCUGUGACUACAUUAGCCACCUUGAUUGGUGCUUCCAAACAAAACAGGAAAGAUAAGGAGACAAAUGGUUCAGAUACUGGAAGUAAAGGAGGUGGAGGUAUGGAUGAUCUCAUUAAUCAAAUUAAGCGAGGUGGAGUCAAGCUUAAAUCAACAAAACCAUUUGUCAUUGGAUGUAUUAAUAAGAAAACAGAUCCUGAUGUGAAAGAGAAGCCAGCAGAUGCUGUACAGGAGAUGAAGAGCAUUUUAGCAACUAUGAAACGUGGACGCCAGGGUAGGUUAAGGCCUUCUGCAAUUUCUCAAGAGUCAAAAUCCCGAACUACAAAGUCAAAGAAGAAGGAAAAGAGAGAAUCUACAUCAUCCAACCCAAAAGCUGAUGAUGAGGAAAAAAGAGAAAUUGAUGUUGAUGAUUCCAACAGUACAACACAUGAACUCUCCCCAGCUCCUCAAACAAAGGAAAAUUCUCCUAUAAUUGAUACAGUGUCUGUGGAAGAUUCCAUUACAUGUACUUCCAAAGAUCAGAAUAUUGAUUUGGCUGAAGGCACAAAAACAGAAGAUAUUAUAACACUCGACAACAACAAACCAGCUCAAGAAACUACUACUGUGGAAAACAACAUAAGAGGAAAGGAUUCUACAGCAUGUGAGGACAAUGCUACAACUGCUAGUGCAUCUUACACUUUAAAGCUGAAUAAUCCCUAUGUUGGGGCAGAUGAAUGUUCCAGCCGUGAAACUACCCCACCUGCUAGCACUACUGAAAAAUCAGAGGAAUGGGAAAAUAAUCGUCCAUCUCCAGGACGAGCCAUUUCAUCAACUACCAUAUUUCUGAGGAAUAGUAGAAGUCCAUCCCAAGACUGAUGAAGUACUGGUAUUAGCCUAUAAAAAUGUAAAUUUAAAACAAGGCUGAAAAUGCAGCUUAGGAUUCUGAUCAUUAAAAUAAUUUUCUCACUGUCAUUAUUUCUAUAGUGACAUGCAAAAAUUAACCUGAUGCUUCUCGUUAUUUUAGUUAGAGGUGCUUUGUAUAUGAUUACAGGUAUAUAUUCAGUUUUGUCAAAAUGUUUUAGAAUGAAUUUAGGGAGUACAAUACAUGUGGAAUAUCAUUGUUAUUCAGGAGCAGAUGGUGUUUAUAUAAUUUUCCCAAACAAGACACAUAUGUUCUUUAUAAUUGGAACAUGUUACAAAUAUUGAUUCUGAAUUUCUAGUAGACAUGCUGUACUGAACACUAUCUAAUAUGAAACAUAUAUUUGACUUAUAUAAAUUCAUAUAAAAAUUUUUAAGUUUGUACAGUAUAUAUUGAUCAUGAGUGAGUACAGUACAGUACAGUACAGUACAGUACAUGCAUUACUCAUGGAACUGCAUUUUUCCUUGUGAGAAGGGUUUGCUUGUUAGGACUUUGGGUAAAAUACUAAAAUUUUCUGUGGCUUAACAUAUAAGAAUAAUGCAAUGUUAAAUAUGCCUGGUAACCAAGAUGAAACUUAGGCACUCCAGAUGUUGAUUCUCCAAGUUUUUUGUAUUAUACAGGUAGUUUCAUCUAACAUGGUGUGGCUUCAAUCAAUGAUUUAUCUGAUUCAAAUCAUGAUAUACAGGGAAUGUAAUAAUAAUAAUAAUCAUUGAUAUUCAUAUCCAAUUACUGUAUGUAUCAUACAUAAUUUAAACAAUUUAAAGGAUUGUGAUAUAAAAAUAUGUUGCUCAACAGAAAAAUGCUCUCAGCAUUUAGGAUCUCUGUAUUGAAUCCACAUUUGCAUCUUAUAAAAGACUAAGACAA